AUGCAAUUUCAUUUAAGGCAUUCCUCUUUCAUAGAGAGCUUUCUAACUCAGUUUGGUCCAGAGAAGUAAAAUUAAGUCAUUGAAUACUUGAUCAUCAUGGGAAUUGACUUAGCAAAUAAAACUGGAACAAGAAACUCAAAGGAAUUAUACCAAUUAUUAAAACAACUUUCAAAAAACAUUCAAGAACAAACUUCAGGUGAUAUAAAAAACGAAAUAAAAACAAUUCAAAAAUAAUUGAGAGACUUGAAUGAUCUAAUCUAAAUCUCCCAAAGAGAAAAUAGAAAUGUUCAGGGAACUCAUAAAAAAUAUAAAUAAGUGAAUGAAAACAACUCAAAUCGAUAUGAAUAAUAUGAAAAUAAUCACCUUCAUCCACCUGAUUACUAAAACACUUAUCACACAUAUAACACUCAGAGAUCACAAUCUAAAUCUCCAGUCCAUCAUAAUGACCGUACUCCCCAUAAAUUAAAGCAUUCGAGAUCUCAUUCCCAAAGAAACCUAACUCCUAAGAUUACUGAAUCACCUCCUCCUCCCUAAAUUGUUUACAUCAACAAAAUGCACAACAAAUUCGACAUCAAACCCUAAUUUGACGAUCGACAAAUCAAAAAAUUGAUGUAUGGAGAUCCCAAAAACUAAGACAGAGGUAGGUACUAUGGUAAAAGUCCUUCGCCUCAAUAACUAAUUUAUUCCUCUCAAACUAGUGGAGGUCUAUCAUAUAGGCAGUAUCCUGGGCAAGUCAUUCAUAAUUAGGCAGACAAACAGAAAUAGAAUACUUCACCUAAGAAAUUGCCUGCCUAUUUACAGAAUGUGGAAUCUAAAAUCAAGCCUUUGGUUGAUUAGGAUAAGCUCUAAUAUAAGGAGAUUUAAAAAGAUAGGGAGAAUAAUAAUAAUCAUAAUAAUAAACAAGAAGGUACUGUAAAAAAAUUAAAUAACAAUUCCCUACAACAAUAGAAUAGUGCUGAAACUGAUACAUUCUUCGAUAUCCAACAAUAUAUUUAGGAUUAGAAAAAAUACUAGUUUUCUCCGGUCUAAGAAAUGAAUGAUGAUGGGAGAAACGAAGAUGAAGAAGCAAGUGACACUUUCUCUAAUUUCAGUCCGCCAAAUGAAGAGGUAAAGGAAUUCUUUCAACAAGAAUAUCUUUAAUAACGUAGAUGA